CAAAACACCACUCUUCUUCUUCUCUUCAUUUUCAUUUCAUUUCAAACUAACAAACAACCACCUCUCCACAUCUUCACUUACAACACACGUUCGUCGUGCUUGCAUUUUAUAAAACUGCUUAAUUAUUCUCUCUUUUGGACUAUCUAUGGCGACAACGACAGCGGCGGCCGGCGUUAGUAAUUAUAGAAACGGCACUCAUAGCAGCAGCAUCAGAAACUCUACUGGCAGUAAAAUUGUUAACGCAAGUCAGAAGAGUAAUGUUAAAUCUAAGUCGUUGAAUAAUAGUGUACGGAAAAGCGCUCCUCCUUCUCUCGGUGGUGCCGGUGUAGCUAAAGAUGAUACUGGAGUGCCUGGAAGAGUUAGGGUAGCAGUGAGAUUAAGGCCAAGAAUUGCGGAGGAAAUGGAAGCAGAUGCUGAUUUUGCUGAUUGUGUUGAAUUACAGCCUGAGGUUAAAAGGUUGAAGGUUAGAAGGAACAAUUGGGAUUCAGACACGUAUGAGUUUGAUGAAGUCCUUACCGAGUUUGCUUCACAAAAACGUGUUUAUGAGGUUGUAGCAAAACCUGUUGUUGAGAGUGUUUUGGAUGGAUACAAUGGAACAGUCAUGGCAUAUGGGCAGACUGGUACUGGUAAGACUUACACUCUUGGGCGGCUUGGAGAGGAAGAUACUGCUGCUCGAGGAAUAAUGGUCCGUGCUAUGGAAGAUAUUUUAGCAGAUGUUUCUUUGGACACAGAUUCUGUCUCAGUUUCCUAUUUGCAGUUAUAUAUGGAGACUAUACAAGAUCUUCUUGAUCCAGCUAAUGAUAACAUUUCUAUUGUGGAAGACCCAAAAAAUGGCGAUGUUUCAGUACCAGGAGCUAGCCUAGUUGAAAUUAGGGAUCAGCGGAGUUUUGUGGAACUAUUACGAUUAGGAGAAGCACACCGAUUUGCUGCAAAUACAAAACUGAAUACUGAAUCUUCCCGCAGUCAUGCUAUACUCAUGGUACAUGUAAAAAGGUCUAUCAAGGGAAGAGCUUCUUCGCUUUCAAGUGAAAAUGGUAACAACUCUCACAUGGUAAAAGGUCUGAAGCCUCCUGUUGUUCGGAAAGGCAAGCUUGUUGUUGUAGAUCUCGCUGGUUCAGAGCGGAUUAAUAAGUCAGGAAGUGAAGGACAUACAUUAGAGGAAGCUAAAUCUAUCAAUCUCUCCAUAAGUGCACUAGGAAAGUGCAUUAAUGCUCUGGCAGAAAAUAGUCCGCAUGUCCCAGUUCGUGAUUCAAAGCUUACUAGGUUGCUUCGAGAUUCAUUUGGAGGGACAGCAAGAACUUCACUGGUUAUUACUAUUGGUCCAUCUCCACGUCAUCGAGGAGAGACUGCAAGUACCAUAAUGUUUGGACAAAGGGCAAUGAAGGUGGAGAACAUGUUAAAAUUGAAGGAGGAAUUUGAUUAUAAAAGUUUGGCUAGACGGCUAGAUAUACAAUUGGACAAACUCAUUGCUGAACAUGAAAGGCAGCAGAAGGCGUUUGAGGAGGAAAUUGAAAGAACAGCUGUAGAAGCCCGAAACGAGAUUUCUGAGGUUGAAAGGAACUAUGCAGAUGCAUUGCAGAAGGAAAGGUUGAAUUAUCAGAAAGAGUAUAUGGAUUCAAUAAAGAAACUCGAAGACAAAUGGACAAUGAACCAUCAAAAGAAUGCCAAUAGUGAUAGUUCUGAUGUGACAUCUAAAGGAGAGGAUCCAAGGAUGGCCGAGGAAGUUGCGGAGCUAAAAAAGUUACUUCAGAAAGAAACAGCCCUAAGGAAGGCUGCUGAAGAGGAAGUCAGUAAUCUUAAAAAUCAACUAGCUCAGUCAAAGAAGUCGGAGGCAUUAAGCAAUUCUGAGAUCUUAAAGCUUCGCAAGAUGCUCGAAGAUGAGGCACGCCAGAAGGAAAAGCUUGAAGGGGAAAUAGGAACACUACAAAGUCAAUUGUUACAAUUAAGUUUUGAGGCUGACGAGACGAGAAGAAGACUCGACAGGGAUGAGUCUGAGGAAAAUCUUAGCGGUUUAGAUUCUCAAAUGUCUCAACUUAGGCAUCCACAGUUUAGUGAUCCAGGAAAUGGGGAGAAGGCUUCAAUAGCUAAACUCUUUGAACAAGUUGGAUUGCAUAAGAUACUCUCAUUGCUUGAAGCUGAUGAUGCUGAUGUGCGGAUACAUGCUGUGAAAGUUGUAGCAAAUCUAGCAGCUGAAGAAACAAAUCAAGAGAAGAUUGUAGAAGCUGGUGGUCUAACGUCUCUGUUGGCACUGCUUAAAAGUUCAGAGGAUGAAACUAUACAUAGAGUUGCCGCUGGUGCAAUUGCCAAUCUUGCAAUGAACGAAACCAACCAAGAACUCAUAAUGGCUCAAGGAGGCAUUCGUUUAUUAGCCACUACAGCAGCGAAUGCUGAGGAUCCUCAGACACUACGAAUGAUCGCUGGAGCCAUCGCAAAUCUUUGUGGCAAUGAUAAGUUGCAAAUAAAGCUAAGGGGCGAAGGCGGCAUCAAGGCUUUGCUAGGAAUGGUCAGAUGCAAGCAUCCUGAUGUUCUUGCCCAAGUUGCUCGGGGAAUAGCAAAUUUUGCAAAAUGCGAAUCAAGGGCAUCAACUCAAGGGACUAAGCAUGGAAAAUCCCUUUUGAUCGAGGACGGUGCACUUCCUUGGAUUGUACAUAACUCUAACAAUGAAGCCACACAAAUCAAGCGCCAUAUAGAGCUUGCACUCUGCCACUUAGCCCAACACGAAGUAAAUGCGAAAGACAUGAUUACAGGAGGCGCGCUAUGGGAACUUGUUCGUAUCUCACGAGACUGUUCAAGGGACGAUAUUAGAACUCUUGCUCAUCGAACGCUAACUUCAAGUCCUACAUUUCAAGCUGAAAUGAGGCGGCUACGUAUGGAUUAUUGAUAAAAAAUAACAUUUGAAGUGUGUUAAAGAUUUAUGGAAGAAGGCACAAGCUUAUAUAUAUUGUUAUUUGUGGAGUUAUUUAUACAAGGUGAAGCAGGAAGGAGGUGUACCUAUAUGACCCUGUUGAAAUUUUGGUAUUAAUUUAGAGUAGACACUUAUAUAUUUUAACCCUAGCGAGUCUAUUUAUUUGUAGGUUGUAGUUGGUGUACAAAAUUUGUUUGUAAUAUGAAAUGAGUAGGGAAACACUAAUUAAUUAUCGAUCAUUUCUUGUAAAGGAAUAAUUUGCAGAUUGGUAUGUUUUAUGUGAUUCACGAUUUCAUUA